UAACGUGUCUAUGCUUGUCAAGUAAACGCAAACGAUCCCUCCCCCGACGAGCGCCGCGCGCAGGCCAGUUUCCGUAUGUCACGUUACUUCUAUAUCUCUUAAUUACAAUAACAGCCCGAGCUUCUGAAGUUGUCCUACAUUUAGGUCAGAGUGAAGUAAAGAGAAUGGAGGACAGAAAUUUGUUGCAGAACAUUCGUAAACCGCCCAAACUCAGCACACCGGCUUUAAUAAUCUCCAAACUGAUUGUGACGGUCCUGCCCAUCGCACAGGUAUCAAUCGGCGCAAUAUACGUGAAUGACUGUCCAAAGCAGCCGUACAUCCCCAUCUAUCUGCUCGUGUCAGGUGUGUUUGCGCUAGUGCUGGGCCUGUUGUCCUGCCUGCCAUGCACCCAGGAGCCAGAAGACGGCACGCAGACUCCUCUCAGCGGCCUCUGCACCGCCUGGAACUCACUGGUGUCACUCUUUCUCUUCUGCUGGUUUAUCGCUGGUAAUGUUUGGAUCUACUCCAUUUACCAGCCUAAUUACAACCCUGGGAUCGACUACUGCAAUAAGAUUUUGUACCUCUUUGCUUUCUGGACCACCACAUUUGUGUAUAUAUUGCUGGGCAUCGCCUUCCUGGGGGGAUGCUGUAUGUUAUUCUGCAUGUGUUUGUGUGGAAGACAUGGAAAUGUGGAAGAUGUGUGAUCGAAAGGCCAGCACUCGCUGAUAUUACUAAUUAUUACACUGUUGCGCACUUUCGCAGUUUCAGGCUUGCUUAUUAUUCAUUUUGCCCUUAUGUGAGAUAAUGCCACUUGCUAGGUCGUUUAGGAGCUUUUGCGUUAUUGAUGGGCGGAGUUACACUGUUACGUGCUUUCUCUGUAAGUUCCUGUGUCUAAAUGUAUCUGUAUUGUCCAUCAGCAAAGUCUUCUGAAGAUGUCAGUUUAUUAAUUUCUUUAUAAUGGCAUGUGUUAGAUUUUGCCUUUGAGAAUGUUGUGUAAUGUGAGGGGGGGGAGGGAUGAAUAAAUGGAUGUAUCAGUCAUUCUUGAGACACGGGACAAAACAUGCCCAGCAAAUGUAACUGAUAGGUUUAAAAAAAAAAAAAAAAAAAAAAAAAAAACAUCAGAUGCAAAUGUUAUGGUAAAAAAUAAAAGAAUGUUUCAAACAUAAUUAUCCAUAAUUACAUAAAUAUUAUGUAAAGUCUAUGCCUUUUCAUUACAUCUAAAACAGUGUCUCCACAGACAAGAUUCAAUCAUUUAUAUGCUGUAAAAUGGAUAAGAAUAUUUAUAUAUAUGUAUUAUGUUGAAAAAUACCUUGUUUUAUGAAAAGCAACACAAAAUAAUAUCCCGUAUCACAGUUGAAUUUUUUAGUGACGCUUGUUUCAUAAGGUUUCGGUGUUUUAUAGUUCAUUCAGAAUCAUUUAAAUCUUAGUGGUAAUAUUUUCUGUCACAAACACAAACACUCUCUUCCUAUUUCUAAUUAAAUUAUUUGAAAUAUUUAGAUCAUUUUACUCUCUUGAAGCAGGUUCCCGGGUUCACACUGUUUGUUGUGUGUCUUUUAAUACAGUAAUUCAAGGAUAUAAUUGAGAGGUAAAAUGACUACAAUUUCAGGUUUUCAUCAUAACCUUCAGAUGUCUCGACUCCAUCAGUUCUGUCACCUCUCGACAAUUGAAUAUUUUGGUAUACAAUGCGUUAAGUAUGACAGCAUUGUAAAUAAAGAAUAUAUAUAGAGUA